UAUAUAAAUAUGUGAACUAAGCACUCUUCAUUUCAUUGUCAAUCAAAAUAGCAAGUCUUGCAAUUGUUUGUGAGUGAGAGAUUAGCAAAGAGAGGAAUUUUCAAGUAAAAACAAAGAGAUGGCUAUUUCUGGUCACUGGGCAUUUGCUUUUGGGGUCCUUGGAAAUAUUGUCUCGUUUAUUGUUUUCCUGUCUCCAUUACCUACAUUUUAUAAAAUUUACAAGAAGAAAUCAACUGAAGGCUAUCAAUCAAUUCCGUAUGUGAUUGCUCUAUUCAGUUCCAUGCUUUGGAUAUACUAUGCAUUUCUCAAGACCAACACGACCCUUCUUAUCACUAUAAACUCCUUUGGAGUCUUCAUUGAAACUAUCUACGUUGGCUUUUACCUUUUCUAUGCACCAAAGAAAGCCAGAAUCCAAACAGUGAAGAUGCUUCUUUUAACAGUGGUUGGUGGAUUUGGUGCAAUAAUCCUCAUUGCUCAGUUUCUAUUCAAAGGUGUCGCUCGUGGACAAGUGGUUGGAUGGGUUUGCCUCGUUUUCUCCUUAUGCGUGUUUGUCGCGCCAUUAUGCAUAGUGAGAAAAGUUAUAAAAACAAAGAGUGUGGAAUACAUGCCAUUACUCCUAUCAGUGUUUCUUACAUUAAGUGCAGUGAUGUGGUUCUUCUAUGGUCUUCUUCUAAAAGACAUUAACAUUGCCGCUCCAAACAUAUUGGGAUUCAUCUUUGGUAUUCUCCAAAUUGUGCUAUAUGUAAUAUACAACAAGAAAGAGAAGCACAUCCUUAAGGAGCAUAAUCUUCCUGAGCUACAAAAUCAUGUCAUAAUCUUGGAUGAUAAUAAGAAGCUUUCAGAACUAACUGAAGAACAGAAAAUUGACAUUAUGAAGCUUAGUAAAUUGGUUUCAAGUUUGCAUGAAAAUGCAUCUGCAGCAGCUAAAGAAGAGAAGCUGCCCAAGCUACAAUCUGUACAGGCCUAAGACUGUGUGAACCAUUAAGUUUACAUGCACAUGCAACGUGUAUUAUUUUAACGAAAUGCCCCCCAGUACGUAUUAAUUGAGCCAGACAAAAUGAAGGCUAAUUAAUACUGAUUCACCUCCAGUGCUUCCGUUCAUAGGAUCGAAUUUGAUGGGAAUUAAGUUUGUCGUGUCAUAAAUUAAGUUUCACUUGUGUUACAUUUCUAUCUCCAUCAAACCAAUCUCCUGUAAUCUUU